CGUCAUUUAAAUUCUUCUGCAGUUCUUAUCGCUUGUAGCAGGAGCAGGACAGUACAACAGCAAUUGCAAUCAAUCAUCAUGAAGAGAGAAGACAUUACCUACCUGGGUGCUGGUCCUGCCAGUCUCCCCACUGAUGUUCUUGCCACAGCUGCUCAGGCGCUGCAGAACUACCAAGACACUGGACUUGGUGUCGCAGAACACAGCCAUCGCAGCGAAAUUGCGACGAAUAUUCUGAACGGCGCCAAGGCUGAUCUUGCCAACUUCCUGGAUAUCCCUGACACCUACGAGAUCCUCUUCCUGCAAGGUGGUGGAUCCGGCCAAUUCGAUGCGACCGUUUACAACCUCGUCUCGAUCUGGGCUGAGAAGCAGAGACAGCAGAUCAUCAAGGAGAAGGCCGGUAUUAGCGAGGAGGAUGUCAUUAGCGAGCUGCGCAAGAAGGUCGAGUCGGAACUGAAGCUGGAUUACCUGGUCACUGGAUCAUGGUCGCUGAAGGCCAGCCAGGAAGCUGUUCGCCUUCUUGGCUCUGAGUAUGUCAACAUCGUCAGCGACUCCAGGACCGUCAACGACGGCAAGUUUGGAAAGAUCGCAGACGAGUCGACCUGGAAGCUGAGCCGCAAGGCUGCCUUGGUCUACAAGUGCGAGAACGAGACUGUUGAUGGCGUUGAAUUCCCCAGCUUCCCCAAGGUUCUGGAGCCCAAGGGUACUGACGAGGACCCUAUUGUCGUUGGAGACUUCUCUUCAACUAUCCUGUCUAGACGUAUUCCCGUCCAGAACUACUCGAUCAUCUUCUUUGGAGCUCAGAAGAACUUGGGUGUUGCUGGAAUCACGGGCGUGAUCAUCAAGAAGGACCUCUUGCCCCCUGUUUCUUCCCCUUGCUCUCCUGCCAUCCUGCGCAAGCUCGGCUUGCCGAUUGCGCCCACCAUCCUCGACUACUCUGUUGCCGCUAAGAACAACAGCUUGUACAACACUCUCCCCAUCUUCGAUGUCUACAUUGCAGGCCAGGUUCUGAAGAAGCUGCUUGCCGAAUUCCCCGACAAGGUGGAUGGACAACAGGCUGUGGCCGACAGAAAGGCUAAGCUCAUCUAUGAGACGCUUGACGCCUACCCCGAGGUAUACAAGGUCGUCCCCGCUAAGGAGGUGCGUUCAAGAAUGAACGCCUGCUUCCGUGUGAUCAAGGGCGGCAACGUCGACGACGCCGAAAAGGCCUUCCUGAAGGGUGCUGUCGAGCGUGGCAUCACUGGCCUGAAGGGCCACAGAAGCGUCGGAGGUAUCCGUGCGUCGAACUACAACGCCAUUCCCGAGUCGGGCAUUGAGAAGCUUGCCGCAUACUUGAAAGAGUAUGCUACGGCAUAAACGUAAGACAAUCAUUCAAAAGUAGAGUUUGUUUUUGGAAGAAAAGCACUGUUAUCAUUCAACCCUUCAUGUGGUGCAGAUUAUAGACAGGGGUAACGCAUAUAGCUUGGACAUAACAUUUACCAGCGAUAGGUUCAACCCAUUCAGGAUGGCUGGCCCAACAACCCACUUCAUUGAUGUAGUCAGUUCAAUAGAGAAUGUUCUGCAUAGGAAUACGCAACCAUGGACACAGUGUGAG